CUCUGCUGUCAAUCUUUUUUUCCCCUGCCAGUUUACUUGCGAUCGCCAUAUUGGGUGCUCGCCUACUCGAAUGACUUGUCUGUUUUUCUUCGGAAUUACUACGAGACGGGAUCGGAGGCGCGCGCUGUUUUCAUGACUUGUUUUCCACGCGCUCUAGUCUUUCUACACGCAUUCGCGCGUUUGUUAUGCGUGCGCUCUGCGACUCGCUCGGCUUUCUUGGGAGGGAUCGCUUUUAGUUAGACUGCGUCUGGCUCGAUUGCGACUGCGAAUCUCGGACAAACUUUCAUGUGCAAAAUGUCAAAAGUGCGCGUCUCCAAUGGAAGUCCUACGCUGGAGAGGGUGGACGCGAGGCAGGCGGACCAUGCCAAACCGCCGGUCUGCCGAAAUCUCUUCGGCACCGUGGAUCGCGAAGAGUUCGCCAGGGACGUCGAGGAGCAAAUGCGGGAGAUAGAGAAAGCGUCCAAAGAUAAAUGGAAUUACGACUUCGCUAAGAACGAGCCGCUCGCGCCGGGCAACUACGAGUGGCAGGAGGUGGACGCCAAAGAGGUGCCGGAGUUUUACAUCAGACCGCCUCACGUAAAACGGGCUACCUCUACCGGGACUGUGGACCAUAACGGGAACCACGAUUAUUUGUUGACAACUCCCUCCCUGGAGAGCGUAGGGGGGGACUCUGACAGCACGGAGACCGGGAGUCGGACGGACUGCCGAACGGCGCUCUCCACGCCGAGGAAAAGACCGUCGACAGAGGAUCAGGAUCUUCCUAGCCAAAGUAAAAGACCCAACGUCCACGCGACCGAGACGAGCCGCUGUCCGGAUACGACGAGUUCGCCCGAGCAAGAGCCCAGCAAGUCGGAUCCCAAAACGUAAACAAGAGAGAGAGAUGAAGACUCCUAUUUUCUCCAUCAAAUACUUCAAGAGCUUUAUGAAGUAAACAGGGACAGCUGUUGAAAAGUACAAAACGAGCCUUGGAGAGGCUGUAUAAGCACUGAAUUUUUACACUAAUGUUUUGGCACUCGACAGAAUAUAUUUGCCUCAAAAGCAGACGAUGUAGCAGUGUGCAAUUGGAGUUGCUUCAUUUGUUCUUUUACUACCUAUGUAUAUACUUUCAUUUUAUAUGUAGCACAUUUUAAAUGUAAUAUUAAGAUAAAAAACAAUCAUUUAUAAAUGGAGUGCGUUUGACUUGAAGAAUUGCUGUGCAGUUUUUAAACGUCUCCCCGAAAUUAACCCUUUUAAAGUAAAUAUCUAUGUGUACACACACACACACACACACACACACACACACCAUUUCCCUUUAAUUAGGUUAAACAAUCCCAUUGUCUCAGUUUUGGCUGGCUCAGGAUGUUAACGUUCAAAAGUACAAUUAAUGCGUAUCAGUGCUCAACAGCAGCCACAAUUUUGGCCAUUUUUAAGUUGCACAAAUGUCACUGUCUGCAUUAAUGCCAUUUAUGUUUAUUGGUACUUAAUAUGAUUUUACCAGCCAAGGUUACAGCACUUGGUCAUGGGGUGUUCUUCUCUGAAGGGAAUGUGAUUCCUAGUGUGGUAUUAAGGUUUUCAUGCUUCUUUACAGUAUUAUAUCCCUGGGUUAUUCCACUAAUUUUAUUUUCUUUUAUUUAAAUUAUUUCAUUUUUUUUCUUUUGUUAUUUUGGCAUAAUGAUAUAAAUUCUCAUGAACUACAAAUCCUACUGAGUACACAUUAAAAAAAAAAAAUUAAGUGCAACUGUAGUAACCAAUUGAUUUGAUUUUUUUUUUUUUUCUUGGUCAAUUUUAUGUUUUUCUAUUCAUUGCUGUGUAGCAUAAUGUUUAUAUAAAUAUAUAUAUUUCUUUUUUAUUCUUUAACACUGGGCCAUACAAUUAAGAACAACAUGAUGCCACUUCUUUGCCACAACAUAUUUGGCUUUCAUGUUGAACAUGACAUGGCACUAUGACAAAAAUAUGUAUAAAUCGACAAAAAACAAAAAAAACAAAAUUAAGACGUUACACUGCACGUGUGUAAAACAUUGAAGUGUACCUGAGUGUACUGCUUUGUAAAGAAGAAAAAAAAAAGUAUAAAAAAACACUGAGGAAAUUAUACUAACUUAUUUAUGUCAAGCUUUUUGUCGUUUAUGACUAUCCAAAGUGGCAUUUGUGCAUUUUCUGUAUGUACUUCUUUUUAUAAGUUUUUUUUUUCCUUUUCUUUUUUUUUCACAAAUUUGUGCAAGGUUGCAAACUGAGCCUAUUAAGAAUUUGAUGUGGAUUGUGUACUGCUUUAUAAAUGAGAUGAUUAAACAAUAAUGACAUGGACACCUUCA